GUUUCUCGGUCGAUGCCAUCCAAAUAGUAGUUUCAAAAUUUAGGACGCACACAACUAUUGAGCAUAGUUUUCCCAAAAUUAUACCUCAGCCGAUCGCAACUGAUCCUGUGUCCAAAGUUUCCUUUCCAGGAUGUGCAUGCCGUAUCUGAACAAGCUCUUCGGCGGCGGAGGUCGUAACCGGGAGCGUCGAAACCGGAAUGGCGGUAUUACCCCGCUGCCCAGUCUGGCCAAUGUGACCGAGGUCUCAAUGGACACCGUGCAUACCGUCAAGUCCGGGAAGUCAUCGAAAUCCGUAAAAUCCGGCAAAUCCGCCAGCAGGAGGAGCACCAACACCAAUGCUGGCCAGCCGCCCGAGUCCAGUGUGAGCAGCAUGGAGUCCAAUACGGAGCGAUCCCUGGCGGCCGCCUCCAAAGGAGCUGUUCGCAAUACCACCGCCUCGGCCGCACCCAGUGUGGCACCCGCCGACGGAUCGAGAUCGCGCAGAUCCUGGUGGGGAUACUUUGGCAUGAACAAGAACAAGAAGCCCAGCAUUGAGUCGCUCUAGAUCUCAUAGAUCGGAUCGAAAUGCUUCGGGUUACCAAAGGAGACCUCUUCAACAGGAUCGGACAAUCAGUAAAUUUGGGUUGAACUCUCUCAGAAACCAAACCAAGAAAAAUACUAUCUUUCGGUACUGAGACAUUAGUUUAUAAUAAAUUGUCAUCUGUCUGACCUCUGGAACCCCAAAA